CGCUUGAAUCAUCCCCUGGGAUAGCGUGACGAAAGAACAAGUAUCUGAUUUUAGUUUCGGUGGAAGAUGACGCUUGUCAAAGAAUGCCGUUCUUAUGUGGGACAUCGUUCACCUGGUGUUUAUGUUGAUGUCCGACCGCUAUAGAUGAGGUGGACUGACUCUGAAGAUGCCUUAAAAGAGCAUUGGUCUCUCUUGGCGCCAGAGUCAUGUUGAUCAUAAAGGAGCCUGCGUCACUACUACCUGCUGGGAGGCACCCAGCAGGGCUAAAGGUCUCUGAGUGGAUCAGGUCUCCCUGCUCCUUAGUGCUCAUGGUCCUCAGUACUGCGUGUGCUACGGAGUACAAGCCUCUCUCAGGACCCUGCUAGGUAAGGCUUUUAUGAUGUCUACGUCAAUUACUGUUGUUGAUAUAAAGUUAGUAAUAGUGAAUUAUUUAUGUGUUUAUUUAGAAUUGGCUAAUCAUUUAGCAUGGGUCACUCAUUGAGACAGUGUAGGAAAUCAAUUAAUUGGUGGUAAAUGUUUAACAAUAGCCCCCUCUCUCCUUCAACAGAAUAACGUCUUCAAAAUGAAAAGCAUUCUGAAGGAAAAGAAGGCCAAGUCUAAUCUUGGAGUACAUUUUGAGAGUGCAGCUCAGAGCAGCUCUCUUGGGGCCGUGCGCUGGACUCUACCGGAGGAGGACGUGACACAGCACAGCUCUGCACCCACCAAGAGCAGCUUUACCGCCAGACCAAAGGAUUUGAAGGACCUGCGCAGACUGCAGGACUGUGUGAGGUUCCUUAGCCAGUGGAAAGAGCAGGUGGAGAAGGUGUGCAAGAGUGGGCAGCAUUCACGGCAGGGUGCCAGCAAGAUGGCCGACCAGAGAGAGCAAAGUCUGGAGCAGUGCCAGAAGCUCAUCCUCCAGUGGGCAAAGGAGCUGAAGACAGUGGACAUCGACACGACCGCCUGGCAACAGAAGAGAGAAGAACCCCAGGACCAAGAGACGCAGAGGGAGCACCAGGAAGACUCGAGGGACACAGAGAUGCGGAUCAUGGAAUGGGCCAAGGAGCUUCAGUCUGUGACAGAGAGAUGUGGCCUGAUGAAGGAUGAGGUGGCCCAGAUGCUGAGACAGGUAGAGCUCAAGAAGAAAAAGGUAGGGAGACUCCUCCCCUUCCUGGAGUUCAUCACCUGGUCUCUCCUGAAGGACGAUGCGGGAACGGUGGCCCAGCUCUGGCUUGCCACCAAACAACGCACCUGGAAAACAGAAACACCAAAGUACAUCCCAAACUCAGUGUGGGAGUGGAUCUGUAGUGCUUCAGUUGACAUAACUCUGGACCCCCAGACCAGCCACCCCUGGCUGCUGCUCUCCGAUGACCGUAAGAAGGUGCAGGAGUCUCUGAGCCCAGCCGAGGUGUCCUUCGGGCCUCAGCGCUUCGACAUCUGGCCCUGCGUGCUGGGCUGGGAGGGCCUCUCCUCGGGUCGUCACUACUGGGAGGUCGACCUGGCCAACAACGGCUACUGGAGGCUGGGCCUCACUACGGCCUCGGCCAAGAGGCUGGGGCGCUUCCCCAUGGACCCCGCCGAGGGCUACUGGGCGCUUUGGAGGAGCACGAGACAGUUCUACGCCUGUUCCAAACCCGAGACCGUCCUGCCUCUCACGCUUGUACCGCGCAAGGUGGGCGUCUACCUGGACUACGACGAGGGGCAGGUCUCUUUCUACAACGUGGAGAACAGGGUGCACAUUUACACCUUUAAGGACAACUUCAAGGAGAAGCUGUAUCCGCUGUUUGCUCCUCUGGACGGCCGUACGCUCAUGACGAUCUGCUCCUCGAUCCACUAACCUCAGAGGCUGUAACCAGUACACGGUAUAGGAUGCUGGGUGUAGCUCAGUGGUCGGAGCAACUUGACAGCAAACCAACAGGUCGCAGUUCAAAUCCCACGUGAUUUUAUUACAGGCGUCAACCACGACCGUCUCCCAGACCCUCAUAUGGAAGAUAAGGAACUUGUUGACUCUGUUGCAGACUGGACAACUGCAUCUCUGGGCAGUAAUAUGCUUAGCACAUCUGAAAUUUCAUCCACAUUUCAGUUGCCUUAACAGCCAUAAGUGAGACCUAUAUUAAGCAUCUAUGUAGUAUACCUGAGCGAUUUUGACCAGUCUGCCUGACUGAAGUCAUGUGGUGAAACGAUAAUUAAGCAACAUUUUAUUUCUAUGAAAUAUCUCAACUGCUUUUCUCAAUUACAAGCAUGAUGUUGAUUAGUGACAGAUUUUAAUGACCACUGUAUACCGAGCAAGAAACUGUGUCCUCAAAACGUUUUAAUCUUCUUAACACGUUUUCAUACAGCUCCAAU